CAGACAGUUGGAUAACUUCCUACUUCCCGUAUGGCUUUAUCUCCCGAACUCAGUUACAGUGACGAUUUUGUCGAUAAAAUGAGGGGAAAUUUUCUACUUUUAAUCACCUUCAAAAAAAUUGAUUACUAAAUAGGUAAUGAAUAUGAGUGAUAAUCCUCCACCAACUUCUGUAGAAAACAGUUCUGUGACAGAUAUAAAAUGUGAAGAUGCUUCUACUCCAUCAAUAAUUACAAAUCCAUUAAAAAAACUUCCUGUCAAAGAUGACAAAAUUAAACUAAAUCAGCAUUAUUAUUGCAUGCGAAGUGAUGAUACAUGGCACAAUGCAGAAGUUCUUCAAACAAGAGUGAAUGCAUUACAUGACGAUAGACAUGAAUAUUAUGUGCAUUAUCACGGCUUAAACAGAAGACUAGAUGAGUGGGUUGAGUCUUCUCGUAUUGAUACUGCGAGAGUCGUUCCUGAGAGUGAUAUUGAAGCUGUAAAAGAUGGUGAUGCAAAAGAUGGGGCUGAUAAUCGUAUGACAAGAAAUCAAAAGCGGAAACAUGAUGAGAUUAAUCAUGUUCAAAAAUCCUAUGCAGAAAUGGAUCCGACGACUGCAGCAUUAGAGAGGGAGCACGAAGCUAUCACCAAAGUGAAGUAUAUUGACCGAAUUCAUAUGGGGAAAUAUGAAAUUGAAGCGUGGUACUUCUCACCUUAUCCUGACGAAUAUGGAAAGCAACCCAAAUUAUACAUAUGUGAAUAUUGCUUGAAAUAUAUGAAAUUUGAAAAAACCUACAGACGGCAUUUAGGAGAAUGUGAAUGGCGACAACCUCCCGGCAAAGAAAUUUAUCGUCGAGGGAAUAUUUCGGUUUAUGAAGCUGAUGGAAAAGAACAUAAAAUAUACUGUCAGAAUUUAUGUUUGCUAGCAAAGUUAUUUCUUGAUCAUAAAACUCUUUACUUCGAUGUGGAACCAUUUCUUUUCUAUAUCCUUACAGAGGUUGACCAGUAUGGUGCACACGUUGUUGGGUAUUUUUCAAAAGAGAAAGAAUCUCCUGAUGGAAAUAAUCUUGCUUGCAUUUUAAUAUUGCCACCAUUCCAGCGUAAGGGUUAUGGAAAAUUCUUGAUAGCCUUCAGUUAUGAAUUAUCAAAAGCAGAACAUCUUAUCGGAUCUCCAGAAAAGCCGUUAUCAGACUUGGGAAAGCUGAGCUACAGGAGUUACUGGUCUUGGGUUUUAUUGGAGAUUCUGAGAGAUUUUAGGGGAACUCUAUCAAUCAAGGAUCUGAGUGAAAUGACAAGUAUCACACAAGCGGAUAUCAUUUCUGCAUUGCAGUCUCUCAACAUGGUAAAAUAUUGGAAAGGACAACAUGUUGUCUGUGUCACACCAAAACACAUUGAGGAACAUAUGAAAUCACAGCUGAUCAAAAGGCCACGAAUUCCUGUGGACAAAACAUUCAUGAGGUGGCAGCCUCCAAAGAGAAAGCCAGGUGUGAAAAAGGAAGGUAUCCACCACAAAAAAUGAAGAUUGUCAACUGUUGACAAAACUAUAUGAACUAAUUACAGAAUACAUGUGAGGCAUUCUGACUGAAUCUUUUCAUAUUGCCAAUCGCCAUUAUUUUAUUAAACUGCUUCUCACUGUCUUUGUUGUACUCAAAUAUCUUGUUGAAGAUGUUAGCACAGGAAGUCUGUUUAUUUUGGACUCCGUAUAAAACCAUAACUAUAGCAUUGAUUUAAGAGGGGCUCGACACCAUGAACUGAAAUAAAACACAAGAAACUUUCAAUCUAUUACUCAUCCAACGGCAGGAAUAAUUUCACACAGAGGAUACACCUACCGAAGGGGGGUCUGCUUAUUUUUGGGCUCCAUAUAAAACCAUAACUAUAGCAUUGAUAGCGGUAUAAACUGAAACAAAGCACAAGAAUUUUGUUGUAUUUUUCAUCCAUGAAACUUGGAUAUUACUAUAUGCAGAGGUCACCUACUUGCAUGAUAGUCAGGGGAUAGAUUCUCCUAGUGAGAUAUUAAUUGGGUGU